ACACGGAACCAUAGAUCACCCCCUCUUCUCAGCUCAGAGAAAGUCAAUGUAAAGGUUGAUAUAGAUUGUGAUAUUAAAUAAUAUAUGUAAAGCAAUGGUUGGCGUGACAUUUCAAGCAUGUAUUGCCUUCUUAUUUUUCAUCGUAACUUCUGCUGAAGUUUGGUACCAGCCUGAACAAAUUCACUUAUCUGCUACAGGUCACCCGACUGAAAUAAUAGUAACAUGGAGUACUUUCAAUGACACCGAAUCACAGGUUCAGUUUGGAGUGACUGCGGCCAAAUCCACAUCUUCAGGUUCAAGUACAAAAUUUGUAGAUGGCGGUCCAGAAAAACACACACAGUUCAUCCACCGGGUGAAACUAACCAAGUUAAAACCUGGAACCAAAUAUGUUUAUCGUUGUGGAAGUAACAAAGGUUGGAGUUCACUCUUCUUCUUUACUGCCCUGAGAGAUGGCACUGACUGGAGCCCUCGCUUGGUCAUCUAUGGUGACAUGGGAAAUGAAAAUGCGCAGUCGUUAGGACGCCUUCAAAUUGGAGCUCAAAAAGGAUCCUUUGAUGCCAUUUUGCAUGUUGGUGAUUUUGCAUAUGAUUUUAACAAUAACAACGGCCAUGUUGGUGAUGAUUUCAUGAGGCAGAUAGAGCCUGUUGCAGCUUACGUUCCAUACAUGACCGCUGUCGGGAACCAUGAAGUUGCAUAUAAUUUCUCCCACUACAAGAAUCGUUUUACAAUGCCGAUGUAUGAAGACAAUCAAAACCUAUGGUACAGCUGGAAUCUGGGCUUGGCGCAUAUCAUUUCAUUUUCUACCGAGGUUUAUUUCUUCCCCCAAUUCUCCAAGGAGACUCAGACCAAUCAGUUGAAAUGGCUGCAGGCAGACUUACAGGAAGCCAACGAGCCGAAGAACAGAGCGGAGCGUCCUUGGAUCAUAACAAUGGGUCAUCGACCCAUGUACUGCUCUGAUACUGAUGGCAUGGAUUGUACUGUGGUUUCAGUCGCAUUACGCUUGGCGCUGGAAGAUACGUUCUACAAAUAUGGGGUUGAUCUGGGACUGUGGGCCCACGAGCAUGACUACGAACGUCUCUGGCCGGUAUAUAAUAAAAAGGUUUACAAUGGCAGUAAAGAGGCACCUUACACUAAUCCCAAGGCACCAGUACACAUCAUCACUGGAUCUGCUGGUUGUAAAGAAAAACACAGUCAGUUUGCUUCCACUAGACCAUGGGAUGCCUUCAGGACUACCGACUAUGGAUUCACCUUCAUGGAGAUUGUCAACAGCACACAUCUCUCAAUCAAGCAGAUCUCAGAUGAAAAGGAUGGCAAAGUUGUGGACAAAUUUACCUUGAUCAAAGACGUCCAUGGUCCUGAUGCGUGGAAGUGAUUGAUGUCUUUAACCCAAAGUAUUCAGAUUUUUUGUUGAUGCCUUUUUGGAGAAUCACUUAGAGCAACAUUACAGAAUUGGUUUUUGCUAACAAAACAGUUGCUGGCAGUGUAAGCAGUUUAUGUAAUCCACCCUAAAC